AUGCCGGUUGCCGAGAGAGCCUUGAAGACCCUGAAGUGUGUCAACCCUCGAGGAGACGAAGUCGAUGUCCUUCUUCUCAAGUGGCCCGCAGACAGCGAUGCGUGGGCGAUCUGCUUGCCUUGUCGAGUCAGCAGCACAGGAAUUAUCCUGGCUGUGCCGGGAGAUGCCAUUCCAGAGGAGGAUCUGGAAAGGGGCCAACAGGCCGCAGCCGACGACCUGAUGGGCCCAAAUGCUCAGGUUACAGUCAGUCUGCAGGAAAACUCCGAUCAGAUCAUCGAGGUGCAGUUGGUAGAGUUCACUCUGGAUGUCAGACACAGCCUGGAAAGAAGGGCGCCUCGCAGCCGUCGCCAGCACAAAAGGUUUGCGGACAGCCAGGACCUCCCCAACUUUGCGGAGCUCGACGAUGCGGUGGAAGGCUGGGUAAUGAGCGGGUCACUUCGAGACACGGGAUGGCAAACCGCCCAAGAAGCUCCAGUGCCGGAGCCUCAGGGCUUAGACCAAGUGCUCACUGCUUUGGCAAAACUGGAAAGCCGCAUGGACCAGCUGCAGAGAAAAGUAGACAGCAAACCUUCCAAUCUUCACCAAAGCACAGUUGCAAAGGACAAGCCUGGGAAGAAGGUGGUCGAAAAGUCAGAAGAAAAAGAUUGGGCCGACAUUUUGAAGGCUUUGAAAGAAGAGGUUGGGCCUCGUCCCAGCAAAGUCUUAGACGAACCUGCAGCUCGCACCACAGCGCAGGAGCUAGUCAGCUUGGUGGAAGAAGAGAUGGCUGCGUCGUCUUCAACGCCUUCUGUGGACGACAUGAUGAAGCUCAGUAUGUUGAAGCUACUCAAGGACCUUCAGGGAAAGACAAGCAAGAAGAGCAAAAAGUUGCCGGGCUUGAUAGGGGGCAUCGGCAGUUCCUCAGAAGAAGAAGAAGGAGGAGAGACUUGGUCCUCCACCAGCCGAGGAGGCAAAGCCAUCGAGGCGGUGGAAAAGCUUCGAGCGGCCAUGAAGCAAAACCCUGGAGCCUAUUUGGAGAGAAUGGAGAUGCGAAUGCAGCGUGCUGUAGGAGCAGAGGAGAUGGGUCCCACCAUCCCCGAAAAGUUCAUCCAGUCAGUCCCGGUUGGGCGAUCUCGAACUGCCGGGUAUGCUCUGACAGGCUUUGCGACCAUUCACAAGCUGAUGUUGGAAGGAAAGGCUCGACAAGCCCGCCUUCACACUGUACGCAUGAUGGCAGCCAUGGAACAGUUUUUGUUGGACGAAAGCUGGGGAGUGGCAAGCCGCCUGACAGGUGUGGAAGAGCCGCCGUGGGCCCAUUGGGCCAGUCAAGACCUUCCCUCAAUCCGAAAGCAGUACAUCUACACGCGACUGAUGGACGCGACAUGGAUUGGAGCGAUCAUCAACGAGCUGAAGGAAGAAGAAUGGACGAUCCCGGAGAAGGGCAGCCAGGUGUCAAACUUUGACCCAAGGCCUUAUUUGUCAGAAAAGUUUCGGGAGAUUUAUGAGAACCCCGAUGUGAUCCUCAAAGUGGAAGGCAUCGCAGGGCUCAUUGGACGAGCCCGGAACAAACUGCUCAAGCUGGCUCAACUUUCGGUCUUGAUGACUGAAGCGGGGCCAGUGGAUGAAAAAAUGAUUGAGGUGGGGGAAAUGGUGUCGGAAGAGGUCUGGCGUCGAGGAGACAAGGUUUGCUUUGUGCGGGGGAUGGAGAUCGGAACACUUCUCAUUUUUGUCAACGCGUUGACUCAACUUUGGCCCCGCGCCAACGGCGGAAGCGGAAAGGAGGCUUUGAUUCAGCUAGAUGAGUUGCAGGGCUUGCCACGGGCCUACAACCGCUGGUUUCUUCUGGUGCGAGACCGUGCUUUGAUCAAGCGAGGUCGUGUGACGGCCCGUACUCAGAGCAUCCGACAGGACCUGCUUACCAAACUGGAGGUUUGGUUGGCAACUCAACUGCCCGAGGUUACUUUGGAGGAUUUGGCUCGGCAUCACAUCGAUGUUUUGUCCGAGUGGCUCGAAGAAUAUAUGGUCACCUUAUAUCUGGAUGGUCAGAGCCGCAGGUCAGCAGCCGAGACUCUGAAUGUGGUGGUCCAAAAGUUUGGUUGGCUCAGAUCCUCUCUUGCCGCGCCUUGGAGCGUACUCAAGACAUGGGACAUGUUGGAGCCAGUCACUCAUCACCCGCCUAUGCCGGUGCAAGUGCUCUAUGCUCUUGCGGGUACUGCCAUGGCAUGGCAGUGGCCGCACUUUGCGGCGUUGCUGGUACUGGGCUUUUUUGGAUUAUUGAGACCCUCAGAGCUUAUAGGUUUGCGACGACAAGAUCUGUCUCUCCCGCAAGACCAUUGGGGCGACAAUGUGAUCUACAUUCGAGUUUCCCAGCCGAAAACUCGUUUUCGGGCAGCUGCGGCGCAACAUGUGCGCCUCGACGAGGCCGGCAUCGCCGGCUGGGUGCAGACGAUCUUCGGCUCGAUGCCGAUGUGGCGGAAGCUUUGGUGCGGCUCUUUGGCUUCUUUCAAAACCAGGCUGGACUUGGUGCAGCGUGAAGUGCUGACUACGGUCGCGUUUUUGCCAAGCUCACUGAGGUGCCGAAGCAGUGCGUCCAGUUCCACCUCGGCCUGGGAGGUCAGUGCCUUGUGCGCGGUUGCCGAAGCGCAUUUGGGAGUCGAGGAUCAACGCCAGGCCCUACAGGCGGCCACCGAAGCCUUAGCCUUGAGCCGCGCGAGGCAGUGCGGCCAGGCCUUGGUGACGCUCUUCAAGGCGCAGGUCUCGGACUCCCACGGUCGGACCGAGAGCCAGAGCUCGCGCGAGCUGCUGCUGCUGUGGCGAGAGCUGGGUGCCAGCUGGGGAGAGAUCGCUGCAGAGCUGUGGUGUCGGGAACCGGAUCCACGCACCGCGGAGCAACGCACCGCGGACGCACGGGAGCACGAGCGCCGCUGGGCGCUCAGCCGCGGGCUCUGCGACACGCUGCUGCCGGGGCUGAGUGCUGCGGAGCUUCGGGAUGCCGCUGUCGCCGCUGGAGUGACGGACGACGGUGAUGCGCGCGAGGUUGAGGAGCAGCUCCAGGCGGGUCGCUGGAGCGAGGCCCGGCGUGAGGGCGCCAAGAGCCUCCGGCGUCUCCGAGAGGCGCGGCUUCGGCCGGAGUUUGGGGGGGAGAUCCAUUUUAGGUAUGGAUGUGAGACACAGAUCGCCUCCCCACGCCCGGACUUCCAACGACGAAGGCAAUACCUCCAGAACAGCUUGCAGGAUGAGAACCGGGCGCACUCCCAGGAUUUGCCAGACAGGUACCGGUAUCACAUUGGCCUCGACGCCCAAGAGGCCAAGGCCGCCCGGGCUACUCGAGCCCAUGGCGUGAAAGGGGCCGGAGUGAAAGUGCAGGAAAAGGCGCGACGCGUCGAGGCCGCUAAGCCUCCCCCACCACCGGCAGCGCCGUGGUUCGGGAGGGCGAGUUCCAAAAAUCUGGCAGAAGAGGCCCACUGGAGCUCAGGGGGGCGCCUGGGUGGCUUUCAUCAGUUAGCCUUGACGGAGGAUGCAAGGAACCCUUCGGAGCCCUUGCCAGCUGCGUCGCUCGUGAAGCAGGGGGAGCAAAGUCUCCGUGAGAUGAAGGUUAAGGAGAUGGUCUUGGCUUGGAUUGUCGUUGCCACACUUCUGACCUUAGUCCUGCUCUUUUGCUGCAAAGUGCCUCCGCUGGUGUCUCUGGGCCCUCGCAAGUGA